AGGACAGUACGUAGGAAAAUAAUGUGAAUGUGAUGAAAUCAUAUACCCACAGACUUGUGCGGGUCUUCUUUAGGAUACUCAGCCUUGUCACCUUUGCCAGUGGUUACGAAGUACGAUCUGUCAAUACCGCGUGGGGUGUGGUGAAUGGUGAAGUAGUGCACCCAGAUGGUGUCGAUUUAGCUCCAGUAACACAAUUUCUUGGUGUACCCUAUGGUGUAGCCCCAUCUGGACAGUUUCGCUUCAAUAUGGCCAUAUCAGCAGCGAAAUGGACGCAUUUACCGAAAGAAGCACGAAAACUCGCCCCAGCAUGUAUACAAACACAAUUGCCAGAACUCAGCGAGACAAGGGCCUUCAAGCAGAUGUCAGCGCAAAGGUUCGACUACGUUCACCGUCUUCUCCCCAAAUUGAAGCAGCAGUCCGAAGAUUGUCUGUAUAUGAACCUUUUCGUACCUGAGCGAUUAGAAAGCUCACAAAGAGAAUCACCUCUUCCCGUGCUUGUCGUCGUACAUGGUGAUGAAUACGGUUGGAAUGCAGGAAGUCCAUACAACGGCAGUAUCCUCGCAUCACAUGGACAGAUAGUCGUUGUUACGCUCAAUUACCGUCUAGGCGUCUUUGGUUUUCUCGGAAGAUGUGAGUUUUCGUCAUGUUCGGGCAACAGCGGCAUUUCUGACUUGGUGUCUGCAUUGACUAUGCUCAACGUAGUUUUGCCUCCAUUUGGAGGCGAUCCAAAGUCUGUCACGAUAUUAGGAUGGGGAUCUGGAGCCUCAUUGGUCUCUCUUCUCAUGGCCUCACCUUUGACACAACCGGGUCGCCGCUUAUUUCGACGGGCCAUUCUGCUCGACGGAACCGCUCUAGCACCUUGGGCCAUGGCCCACAAUCCGCAACAGUAUUUCUCACAAGUCGCCGAGAAUCUAGGGUGUCUCUCUCGAAAUCGUUCUUCAACGUUCAAUGACAAUGCGGAUACAACGUUACGGUGUAUGCAAGACCACUCGGCAGAAAACGUUACAAAGGCGGUUCAAGCCAUUGAGAUUCCGACUUUUCUCAGCGGUUUUGCCCCUAUUGUUGAUGGCCAGCUGAUCCCAAACUCCCCGCGCAUCUCCUUUUCACCUCAGUACGGCUCACUGUUUCGAGAAAUAGACCUACUUGUGGGAUUUGCCUCACAUCCUGCUCAUUACCUAUUGUCGAAUGAGGACCUCAAAUCCGGACUGUCGAAAGAAAGGAGGCAAAAGAUUUUGAGGACGCUUGUUAGGAAUUUGUACGAGUAUCACCGUUCCGAAUUAUUAGCAGCAAUCAUCAAUGAGUACACAGACUGGGAAAAUCCUAGGGACCAUCCAAAAUCAAUAAGAAAUGGUGUAUUGGCAGUUUUGAAUGAUGUACUAUUUACCGCUCCUCUAAUUGAGACAUUACGGAUGCACAGUGCGGAUGAAGUAAGGAAAGAGGCAAACACUUUUAUGUUCGUAUUCGGACACGAGACACGUUCGUGGAUGAAUGAACAACCAAACUCUGGACUGAGAGGUUCAUUAUCUGGUGAUCAUAUACCGUAUAUCUUCGGGUACCCUCUGGCUACUUCAGACAAGGAGGAAAAACUCUUCUCUGGAUUUAGCGCUGAGGAUAGGGGUAUUUCGCAAGUUCUUAUGCAUUAUGUCGCAAAUUUUGUCAAAUCGGGCGAUCCCUCAAAACCAACUCCAAUGCCAAAAUCUUUUCCAAUGGGCGAUGCCUUCCAUGCUACCGCCUGGCCACAAUUUGAUCAACCUAAUCGAGAAGCUUACCUAGAAAUUACUGAUCGGCCUCGGGUCAAAAACUACUACCGAAAUGCGCGAGUAGGAUUUUGGACGAGUUUAGUGCCUGCUCUUCACUCAUCAGGAAAGGAAGGAGGAGAAAUUCCUGAGGAGCACCAUUUGCUACCCGACCAUUUCCGAAAAGACUCGUUCUUUGGACGCGUUCGGCCUUUUGCACCAUUUGCAAAUCAUCCAUUUCCUGCGCCUCCGAUGCCGCCGUCACCACCUCCGGAAAGCUUGAAAAAGACAACUACAGGUUGGUUUUUGGAUUAA